AUGGUUUCAAUUUCACUUUUCAUCUUGGGGACCUUAAUAACUACUGUUAUCUCUCAAGAAUGUGCACCGUACACAUCUUCAUUUAAUUUUUCUGGAUAUCCAGCAAAUUGGAAAAUACCUACAAGUACCGUUUUUAAUACAGAUGAAUUUAAGCAGCUUAAUAGUUCAAUUGAUUGGACAAAAGUGCCUAAUAUUACACCUCACAAGACGGUCAAUGGGAGUAUAGAUCAGACUGGUUAUUCUGCCAGUGAUCCAGAUUGUUGGUGGACAUAUAAUCUGUGUACAACACCCAAAACAGCUGGAAUUAACCCCGAUGUCACUGUAUGUCCUGAGCCUGGUACCUGGGGCUUGACAUAUGAUGAUGGUCCAAACUGCUCUCACACUGUGUUUUACGACUUUCUUAAGGCAAAUAAUCAAAAAGCAACUAUGUUUUUUAUUGGAUCUAAUGUUCAAAAUUUGCCCAAUGAAGCUCAGCGUGCUCUUGCAGAUGGUCAUCAAAUUUGCGUCCAUACGUGGUCUCAUAACUAUAUGACUACACUUACCAACGAGGAGGCGCUCGCAGAAUUGUACUACACUAGGAAGGUUAUUAAAUAUGUCAUGGGCAUAACGCCUCUUUGUUGGCGCCCUCCUUUUGGUGACGUUGAUGAUCGAAUUCGUGCGAUUGCUCAACAACUCAACUUGACAACUAUUAUCUGGGAUCAAGAUACCAAUGAUUGGGAUGAGAUACCUGACGGCGUUGAAACUUCAGCUCAAAUUGAUGCUAAUUUCCAAACCUUUGUCAAUAGGGGUCUAAAUGGUACCUACAAUUAUUCCGGCACCAUCGUUCUGGAGCAUGAGUUAGACAAUAACACUAUGUCCAAGGCUGUUGAAUGGUACCCAAAGAUCAAGAGCGCCUAUAAACAUGUUGUUCCUAUCGCUUCAUGCUUAAAUAUUACUCAGCCAUAUCUUGAAACAAACUUCACCUAUCCAUCAUUUUUUGAAUACAUUAAUAAUGACAAUGGUCCAACAAAUUAUGUUCAGAAUACUGCUAAUAAUAGUCCGAGCCCGAGCGCAAAAUCAACAUCUACUGCAAUAACAAGUUAUAAUAGCCUAAUUUCAAUGGCAGUUACACCUAAUAUCCUUUUUUUAUUAUAG